AUGUUGGAGGAAGGCAGAGUUCCCGUCAAACUUCAGACUGAUAGCGACAAGGUAUUUACAGUUUCUGAACUAGUCCCAAGGGAUCUGCCUGUCUACAAGCUCAAAGAUUAUGACAGUGAAGACAUUAUAGGAUCCUUUUAUGACGCUGAUAUACAAAAGAUUCGAGAGUGUGUGAAAUCGGAACUGGACUUGUUUACGGUGCCCUAUACUCAGACUGGCAUAGAAAAAAGCAUCUAUGUCGAGGUACUACCUCUCUCAGCUCUAUCUGAAGUUGCACCGUUAGAGUUUCUGAUUCCUGGGAAUGGUGAAGACUACUUGGACCUGAAUAACACGCUUCUACACGUCAGAUGCAAAAUCGUUACGGCUGAUGGAACUAAUCCUGCCCCCGUGGCCAAGGUAGCCUUUGUUAAUUAUCCAAUAGCCGGUUUAUUUUCACAAGUGGAUGUGAUCCUGGGAGAUCACUUAAUAUCACAGAGUUCCAGCCUUUACCCAUACAGCGCCAUUUUCAAGGGACUGCUAAAUUACAGCAAUGAAGCUCUCAAUUCUCAAUUUGCAGAGGAUCUUUUUUACAAAGACACAGCCAAUGAACAUGAAAACACGGCCUUGGACGGUCCGAAUGAGGGAUUCAAAAAAGGAAACGGUUAUACAGCCCAGGGUAAAACAGUAGAACUCCUCAGACAUAUUCAUUCCGACCUAUUUUUUCAAGAAAAAUUAAUUCAAAACGGGGUGGACGUCAGAAUUAAAAUGGUGCAGAGCAAAAAUGAAUUCUGUCUGAUGCCUGGAGAUGCCGAGUGUUACAAAGUAAACAUUUUGUCUGCCAAUCUUUUUGUCAAGAAAGUUAAAGUUUCAGCGGCGGUGAAAUUGGGGCACGCCCACGCUCUCACAUCCUCCAAUGCCAAGUACCCCGUGGAAAGAGUGAAUAUGAAAGUUCUCAGUAUGCCAGCCGGGAUACGAGUGUGCACUCAGGAGAACCUGUUCUUGGGACAACUGCCCAAGUACGUGGUCAUAGGCAUGGUGGAUAAUGAUGCCUUUUUAAGGGAUUACGCCAGAAAGCCCUUCAAUUUCAAGGAUAACAAUGUGGAGUUCCUGGCCUUGUAUUUGGACGGAGAGCAGAUUCCUACCAAGCCAUUUCAGCCCAAUUUUGCUAAUGACAACACAACUCGAGAAUAUUACAACCUUGUAUUGUCCUCCGGAAAGAAUUUGAAAGACCUGCCUCUAGCCAUCAGCUGUACUGACUUCUCCCGGGGUUACACCCUGUUUGCCUUUGAUUUGACGCCUGAUCAAGAAUGCGGAGACUAUUUCUCAUUGAUGAAAACUGGGAACAUGAGAUUUGAAGUCUGCUUUCGGCAGCCCUUCCCCAUACUGUGA